AAAAGGAAAAAAAAAAUGAAGCACUUAUUCUUAAUAUUUCUCAUGAUUUUAUUACACCAGUACGCUGGGAAAUCUUUGAGAAGAGAUGGAAGUUCCCUGAAGUCAUUUGAAGACAUUAAGAAUGAGAUAGCUGGCUAUACUAAUAUUGCUAAGGCUAUUAUUGAUCUUGCUGUUCAUGGGAAGGCUCAGAACAGAUCCUAUGAAAGAUUAGCAGUUUUUGCUGACACCAUAGGACCUAGACUCAGUGGUUCAAAAAACUUAGAGGAAGGCAUCAAAUAUAUGUUCAAUGCACUGCAGAAAGAUGGGCUGGAAAAUGUGCAUCUGGAGCCUGUGAAAGUACCACACUGGGAAAGAGGAGAAGAGUUUGCAGUGAUGCUGGAACCAAGGAAUCACAGCAUUGCUAUUUUGGGACUAGGGAGCAGUAUUGCAACUCCUCCAGAAGGAAUUACAGCAGAAGUCAUAGUUGUAGCUUCAUUUGAUGAACUGCACAAACGAGCUCAGGAGGCCAAGGGGAAGAUUGUGGUCUACAAUGAACCUUUCGUCAGUUAUGGUGAAACUGUGCAAUACAGGUUACAGGGAGCAGUAGAAGCUGCUAAAGUUGGAGCAGUGGCUUCCCUCAUUAGGUCUAUUGCUUCUUUUUCUAUUCACAGUCCACAUACUGGGGAGCAGACUUACCAGCCUGAUGUACCUCAAAUUCCCACUGCUUGCAUCUCUGUGGAAGAUGCUGAAAUGAUGUCACGAAUGUCUCUCCGUGGCACUAAGAUUGUUGUGCACCUGAGGAUGGGAGCUAAGACUUAUCCAGACUCUCUAUCCUUUAACACUGUGGCAGAGAUAGUUGGAAGCAAGUACCCAGAGCAGGUUGUAUUGCUCAGUGGACAUCUGGAUAGCUGGGACGUUGGGCAGGGAGCUAUGGAUGAUGGUGGUGGAGCAUUUAUAUCAUGGGAAGCAUUAUCACUCAUUAAGGAUCUGGGACUUCGUCCAAAAAGGACACUACGCUUGGUGCUAUGGACAGGAGAAGAGCAAGGAGGAGUAGGUGCCAAGCAAUACUAUCAGUUGCACAAGGAAAAUAUCUCCAACUUUGAUAUCGUUAUGGAGUCUGAUGAGGGCACCUUCAAGCCAUCUGGACUGGGUUUCACUGGCAGUGCUGAAGCCCGGGACAUCAUGAAAGAGGUCAUGGAUCUGCUGCAGCCCAUCAAUGCUACGGAUGUUUACGACACUGCAGAUGGAACAGACAUUGCUUACUGGAUGAGGGACGGGGUGCCUGGUGCCAGCUUGCAUAAUGACAUCAAUAAAUACUUCUGGUUUCAUCACUCUCAAGGGGACACGAUGACAGUUCAGGAUCCAAACCAGAUGAAUCUCUGUGCCGCUGUUUGGACUGUUGUCUCCUAUGUCAUUGCUGACAUGGAGGAUAUGUUGCCAAGGUAA